GUAUACAAAUAUAAAACAUUACUGUAUAAGCCUGUUAUAGAUGCUUUUAUAAUAUUUAUGUUUGUAGCAAGUGAAUAGUUUCUUGAAAAUUAAUAUUCUAUUUUAAGUUUUAGUUUCAUGUGUGAACACAACCCAUUUGAAAAUACCAGUAAUCAGCUCUUGACAGUUUCCCUGAAUGAGAAGUUGUAACUUUACCUGUAAAGUUCAAUUUUGAUGCUAUGUGUGAACAGAGCCAUAAGAUCGUGUACAAGAUCAGGAUGCGCUGACAUAAGAAGUCUGCUUUGGGCCAAUCACAAAGUCCUGAUGGAGAUAAUUCGGUUGUUUAGGAGUCAAAAAAAUUCCCUCAAAUUGGACAGCUAGUGAAAUUACUCUUUAGUCGGAGGAUAUCAAACAUGUUUGAUAUUUUAGGGCUGACUAUAGAGGAAAUCUUGUAGUGUAUGAUGCUCCACGACUCCAAUAUGAAUACAUAUAGUGAGCAGCCAAUGAAAAUCAAGCACACAGGGCCACGAAACUGGACCAUGAAGGAAUGAAGAUGGCAAAUAAGCAAUUAACUUUUAACGCCAUUCACCUCCAACUUGCAUCGCAUUCUUUUUCCACCCAAUAAUGGACCCAAAUGCGCUUGGCCUGUUUGAUUUGUGAGAAUCGCGACUCGGAACAGAGUAGCAGCGACAACAACGACAGCUCCUAGUACAUCCAUGUUUGUUUAGAUAUUUCAUGCAUCUCCUAGAACGGGGGAUGUGUGUUUCUGUGUAAGUUUGCGAUCGGAUCAGAUCAACCUGAAAACCAGAGUGAUCGUCCAUUGUAUGGUGUGUGAAGCGCGGUUUAUGUCUGUAGCUAUUUACAUAGUUGUAAGUGUACGAUACCUACAGUAGUAUUAUGAUUAUUAUCAUCCGAGGAAAUUAAGAAAUGUAUUUGGCUGAUAAAAGUACAUCUCAGAGUUUAAUGGCAUUACUGUUAACACAUGCAACAGAAAGCUGUUGCAUGUGAUAAUAGUAAAUGUGAUAAAUUUACCUGUAAAGACAAUCCAACCAUUUUAUUGAAAUUGACAAGAUUUCAUGAGUGGCUAUAGUAACAGUUCAGACUGAUCUCACAGAAUGAAAUCGCAAACAGUAAGUUGACUUUUCUUUAGCUAAAAUCGGUCUGUUUUCCUAAAUGUGAAACACUGCCCCCAGUGGCCAAAAUAGUACGUGUUGUUGGGCGUUUAGGCACGCUGAGCUUAAUUUUCCAGGUAAAUUGUCCAUGGAGGGACAAUCAGGGCCAUAGCAAGGUAAUCUGGGUCCUCUUUCCUAUUAAAAAUACAGUUUCGAAUUUGUUGUGGGCCUCCUGGAUCUUUGGGCCCAUAGUGUUGUUACCAACUUUCACCCCACUAACUACGGCCCUGGGGACAAUAGCGAGUUGUUUUCAAUUUCACAGGCUGUAAAACAGUGGAAAAUGACAUGCUGACUUCCUUUUUUUUCCCCACAAGGGAGGAAGUUUUGAGUUCUGCAAGUUACACUAUGUUUUCACAGUACAAUGAAUUAUUUUACCUCAAAAGAUUUAUAUAACACUCAAAAUACAGCAUGCCACAUUUCAUUUCAAGUGUCUUUGUGAGAUUUUAAAUUACAACCAUAUAAACGUCAAACUCCAAAAGCUAACUUAAAAACAAACAAAUAAACAAAACAACAACAAACAACACUUCUUGCUCCAUUCACUCCCUUUCAAAUGCAUCCGAAGGGCCGAUUCCUACAUGCUGGAAACCCAAACUCAUGCGAAGAAAUUUCGUACUAUACUGCGAAUCAAAAGUUCAAGUUUGGGGGCCUGGGUAGCUCAGCAAUUAAAGAUGCUGACUACCAGAGUUCAAAUCCAGGGCGUUCUGAGUGACUCCAGCCAGGUCUCCUAAGCAACCAAAUUGGCCCGGUUGCUAGGGAGGGUAGAGUCACAUGGGGUAAUCUCCUCGUGGUCGCUAUAAUGUGGUUUGCUCUUGGUGGGCUGCAUGGUGAGUUGUGUGUGGAUGUAACGUGCAUUACCGCGGAGACGUAGCACAUGUGGUGGACCAUGCUAUUCUCCGCGGUAACGCGCUCAACAAGCCACGUGAUAAGAUGCGCGGACUGACGGUCUCAGACGCGGACGCAACUGAGAUUCUUCCUCCGCCACCCAGAUUGAGGCAAGUCACUACGCCACCACCAGGACUUAGAGCACAUUGGGAAUUGGGCAUUCCAAACUGGGUAGAAAAUGGGAGGGGAAAAAAAGUUCAGGUUUGGUGAACUCUGAAUCGUGAAUCGGUAUGAACAGAGGAUGCGUGACCAAUAGAAGACUGAAAUGUCACACGCUGACUUCUUGGCUUAAUACAAAGAAUACAUAUUUUAUUGUUGCAGGAAAGUGAGUAGACAAUAUAUUUUAACAUUUUUAGUAUAAUAUUUAUUUGUUAUAUCCUGGUCCAUAACGUUGUCCAAAAAAGAUUCGCGUGCUCAAAGCCUGUGAUCGCCCCUUUACACGAAAUGCAAAAAAAAUGAACAUUUUAAGACGAUCCCUAACAUUGCUGUUAUCGAGAAACUGAAUGUGUCACGAGAUCUGCAUGAACAUUGGAAAUCUUUACUGUUCCUCCAAGCCCCCUAAUAAAUCAAAAUUUCACAAAUAUAACGAUCACGUCAAACAACAAAGCCAAUUUCGGUUUCGCUUGGAGAGCGCAUGACAUCAAAGAACAACACGGAAACGAUUUAGCGAUGUACAGGAGAGGGGGGAUGGAUGGGACUGUAAAUGCACUAUAGUACACAUAGUGUUUUAGGGCUUUAGAUUUGUUUUCCUUUUUAAAUAAAUAAAUGGAGGAUGAAGAAAGAAUAUGUAUCUCCAGCUGUGCGGACUGGAUGUCCGAGAUGCCAGCGGGUCUUUGGGACGUCCCGCUGUGGAAUCUUGCUAUACCAGGAAGUCAUGACACCAUGACUUUCUGUUUAGACGAGCAAUCCUCAGUGUUGCAGUCUGAGCUGAAGGUGGUGCGAGUUUUAGACACUUUGUUUCCCUGCAUCGUCCGGCCCUGCAUAAUCAAAUGGGCAACAACCCAGGAGGACAGCAUUUGUAACCAGCUGGAUUUAGGCAUUCGGUUCUUUGAUCUAAGAAUAGCUCAUAAGAUAAAAGAUCCUGAUGAGGUUUUCUACUUUGCACAUGGGAUCUACUCCCUCCUGACAGUACAGGAGGCACUGACAGAAGUAGUUCACUGGUUAGACCAGCACACCAAGGAAGUGGUCAUCAUUGCACUUUCUGCCUUUGAUGGCGUGAAUCUGGACCAACACCAAGACCUUAUUCAAUUCCUCAUAAGGGCAUUUGGCAAUAAAAUUUGCCCUAGUUAUGUGACACCCUCAGUACGAGAGUGUUGGAAUCACAGUUAUCAGGUUAUUCUUACAUAUGAUGACUCGGCUGCGGCUGGUCAUGAGCAACUGUGGCCAAAGUGUGACUACUGGUGGGCAAAUACAUCAGAUCCAAACCGUGUCAUAUCCUACUUGGAGGAAAGGAAAGAGGAAGGAAGACCAGCUGGGUUUUUUGCAGCUGGUCUGAAUCUAACUGAGGAUGCCAGGUAUGUAGUUUCCCAUCCGUGCCAGUCUUUGAGAGGCAUGACCCUGAGCUCCUAUAGUCCGCUCCUGAACUGGGUCAAGCAGCAGCGUCCAGGUUCAGGCAAAACGUGCCUCAACAUCAUCUGUGCAGAUUUUGUCGGGGUUUUCAGCAAUGAAUUUGCUCAGCUGGUUAUUGGACUUAAUCAAAAACUCUUAAAAGAGAAGGCCUGACAUCAUGUAGAUCUUUGACUCUCGGCUGUUGCUGAAAUAUUACAAUGGAAAAUGACUCCUUGUUAGUCUUAUAGAUAUAUCUUGCUCAUUCUUAGAUGGUGAACUCACUAUUAUGCAACUUAAACUCUUAGGGGUAUGGAUGCUUUUGAUAAGGAGACACAUAUUUCAUGUUUACAAAUUGAUAAUGUUUUGAGUUUUACGACAACCCCUAACUGUGAAUGUUUCGUUUAGGUCCCUAAAAUGGAAGUGGUUUGUGCAAUGCUGCCAUCUAGAGGCAAUACAUUUGUAUACUGUUGUUUAAAGACUUCUGUUAAGAAGAGACGUGCCUCAAAAUUAUGUUACUGGCUAACUCAUUGUGGCAUCAAGCUUUCCAAAUUAUGUUUUUUGGUAGUUUCACAAAAUGGACAAAGCAUAUUCAUAUAUCAAACACUCAAGGGCCCAACAAAUUGGUUGCAAUGGCUGUCCAAUUAGUCACACAUCAUUUUAGUAAUAUCUAAUGUCUUGUCAUGACGUAUUAAUCUUCUAUAGUUGUGUUGACACUCUGGUUGGCUAUCUGUUCAUCCAUGUGUGUGACAUCCAUCCUUGGGCUCCAAUUUUUGAUGGCUCUUCUGAUUGCUCUCUCUAAGGUGCUUGACAUUUAUAGUACUUAAGUGAUAAUCCUGUUCACUGAUGCCUUUCACACACAGUUUGUGUAUGUUUGUGUAAAUGUGUAAGGUAAAUAAACAUGAG